UCAGUUCUCUCAUUCACCUUCUUUCUCUCUCAACGUUUCUCUCUCUAUAUUUAUCACUUCCUCCUCCAUUGUUGCCCAAACGCUGCCUCGAUAAAAUGCCAUUGUAAAAUCAAAUUAUCGUCGAAUUUUGGAAUCGUGUGAUCAAAAACAGAGAUGCAAUCACAGAAUCGCUGAUUUCACCCGUGUGGAUUACAUGCAGCAAUGAUUCAAUUACCUUUUCCUCUAUUAAUCAAUUGAAUCUGCUGAUGCCAGUUCAACCAUCAGUUGCUCGGAUAAAUCUUGUUCCUGUUUCACGACCAAGAACAGUAUAAUCUAAUGUCUAACGCAGCAAAAUCUCUGGAACCUGCUUUUCAGGGAGUUGGUCAAAAAGCAGGGCUUGAGAUAUGGAGAAUUGAGAACUUCCAACCAGUUCCCUUGCCAAAACCUGACUAUGGCAAAUUCUACUGCGGAGAUUCUUAUAUCAUUCUACAGACAAUUGCUGGAAGAGGAGGCGGUUAUCAUUAUGAUGUACACUUCUGGCUCGGAAAGGAUACUAGCCAAGAUGAAGCAGGGACUGCGGCUAUCAAAACUGUCGAACUUGAUGCAGUUCUUGGCGGCCGUGCUGUUCAGUACAGAGAAUUGCAAGGACACGAGUCCGACAAAUUCUUGUCAUACUUUAAACCUUGUAUCAUACCACUAGAAGGUGGUGUUGCAUCCGGGUUUAAGACACCAAAAGAAGAAGAGUUUGAAACUCGAUUAUACAUCUGUAGAGGAAAACGUGUUGUAAGGUUGAAACAGGUCCCGUUCUCCCGAUCAUCAUUGAAUCACGACGAUGUCUUUAUUCUCGACACUGAAAACAAGAUAUAUCAGUUCAAUGGUGCAAACUCCAACAUUCAAGAAAGGGGAAAGGCCUUAGAAGUAGUCCAGUUUCUGAAGGACAAGUACCACGAAGGGACUUGUGAUGUUGCAAUCGUUGAUGAUGGAAAAUUAAAAGCUGAAUCAGAUUCUGGUGAAUUCUGGGUUCUCUUCGGAGGUUUUGCUCCCAUUGGUAAAAAAGUUAUCACCGAUGAUGAUGUUGUUGCAGAUAAGACUUCCCCACAACUUUACAGCAUAAAAGAUGGCAAUGCUAAUGCCAUAGAAGGAGAGCUUUCCAAGUCACUUCUUGAAAAUAACAGAUGUUAUUUGUUGGAUUGUGGCAAUGAGAUAUUUCUUUGGGUUGGCCGAGUGACUCAAGUCGAUGAGAGAAAAGCUGCUAGUCAAGCUGCAGAGGUGUUUGUUACUAGCCAAAGUAGACCAAAAUCAACACAAAUAAUCCGGCUUAUUCAAGGUCAUGAGAAUCAUGCUUUCAAAUCCAAGUUUGACUCCUGGCCAGUGGCAUCAUCUACUACUGUUGUUGAGGAGGGAAAGGGGAAAGUAGCAGCCUUACUGAAACAGAAAGGUGGCGGCGUAAAGGCAGCUACUAAAAAUGCUCCAGUUGUCGAGGACAUCGUUCCUCCUUUGCUUGAAGGAGGUGGAAAACUGGAGGUUUGGCGAAUCAAUGGCAGUGAGAAAACCGCAGUUCCAGCAGAAGAAAUAGGAAAAUUUUACAGUGGGGAUUGCUACAUUGUGCUUUACACAUAUAAUCACCAUGAAAGAAAGGAAGAUUUCUAUUUGUGUAGCUGGAUUGGGAAAGACAGUGUUCAGGAAGUAGUAGAGACAGCUACUAGAUUGUGUAAUACAGUGUAUAACACACUAAAAGGGAGACCAGUGCAGAGCCGGAUAUAUCAAGGGAAAGAGCCACCUCAAUUUAUAGCCAUAUUCCAGCCCAUGGUGACCCUUAAGGGUGGAAUGAGCUCUGGUUACAAGGAUCGUAUAGCUGAAAAGGGCGGAAAAGAUGAGACCUACACUGCCGAUGGUGUUGCAUUAUUCUGCAUAUCUGGAACUUCUGUGCAUAAUAAUAAAGCUGAGCAAGUUGAUGCGGUGGCCACAUCAUUGAACUCGAAUCAGUGUUUUGUGCUUCAAUCUGGAACAACAAAUUUCUGUUGGAUAGGGAAUCAAAGUACCGUUGAGCAGCAGCAAUUAGGAGUCAAGGUUGCAGAAUUUCUCAAGCCUGGAUCACCAAUCAAGCACACUAAAGAAGGAACCGAGAGCUCGGUCUUUUGGGGUGCUGUCGGAGGAAAAAAGCCCCACACCAGUAAGAAUUCCGCACCGGAGACUCCCAGGGAUCCUCACUUGUUUGCUUACUCCAUUAAUAAAGGAAAAUUUGAGGUUGAAGAAAUAUACAGAUUCUCUCAAGAUGAUCUGUUAACGGAGGAUAUGUUGAUACUUGAUACACAUGCGGAAGUGAUUGUUUGGGUUGGCCAAUUAGUGGACACAAAAGAGAAGCAAUCUGCUUUCGAGAUUGGACAGAAAUACGUGGAGAUGGCUGCCUCACUUGACGGAUUGGCCCCAAAUGUUCCACUUUACAAAGUUUCUGAAGGAAAUGAGCCAUGCUUCUUUACCACAUAUUUUUCGUGGGAUCCUGCAAAAGCAAAUGUAUGUGGGAACUCAUUCCAAAAGAAGGCUUUGCAACUCUUUGGUUAUGGCAAUGAGGAUAAGUCCAAUUCUUCGAAUAAUGAGGGACCAACUCAAAGGGCUUCAGCUUUGGCAGCUUUGAACACUGCAUUCAAUUCUACUUCAUCUCCGAAACCAGUCACAGCCCCUAGGGGCCAAGGGCAGAGAGCUGCUGCAGUGGCUGCUUUAUCUUCUGUUUUGACUGCUGAGAAACGAUCACCCGAAUCAUCUCCAGGUCGAAGGCUCAGAAGUCCACGUGCAGAAGCUAGCCCUACUGCUCGAACUCCAAGGAAGAACACAGAGGCUUCUGCCUUUGCGGAAGAAGCCAAAGAAAAUUUGGAAGGGAAGGAUUCGGAGCCAGCUGAGCCUAAUGAAGAUGCUAAUGAGGAGGAAAACGAGCAAUACAUGGGUGCCUCUAAAGCUGUUGAGGGUACAUAUAGUUAUGAGCAGCUCAAAUCCAAGUCCAUCCCAGGGAUUGAUUCCAAACACCGAGAGGCCUAUCUUUCCGUGGAAGAAUUCCAGACAGUGUUUGAGAUGAGCAAAGAAGCUUUCUACCAGACCCCGAAAUGGAAGCAAGACCUUCUCAAAAAGAAAGCUGAGCUCUUCUAGAAAACGCGCAUUUCUCCCUCAGGUCUUCGUGCCUCAUCUCAUAUAUCUCUUACUACAACUACCUAAGUACUUACUCAUAAAGCUGCAAAUUGUUAGGCAUUGGUUUUGGUUCCUUUCUUUUGCUUUCAACUUUUCUCUGCAUUUACUCUUCUUUUCUUUUUCUUUUUCUGCAUCCUUGUGAUCAUUUUUAUUUUUUGCUACAAUUUACUAGCGUUUGAUCGAAAGGGUGUCAAUGUAUUGCUAUUACACUAUUUAUGAGACUAGAAGGAGUGCAGAUGAUAUUAUUUAAUGAAUUGUAUGAUAUUUGUCCGUAUUAUUGAUA